AUGGCGACAGCCUUCAAGAAUUCCUGGCAGUCUGCAGACCAAGCCGAGAAGGAACUAUUGAAAACACUUGCGGACAAGGAGCCGACUUUUGCAGAAAUCACCCAUUGCCUUAACGAGUUUCGCCAGGCUUGCCAAAACGCCAUUUUCGUUGACUUUGAUGCUGCCGCCUCGAAAAAUGCGGAGCCCCGACUAUGGGAUGCUCAUGUCAAAAUAAAUGCGCGCUUUCGCAAGAUUUUGGCUCGAUUUCGAGAAAGCACUGGCAAAAAGAAACCAGUCGAGCGGAGAAAGCUUGAAAAGCAUUACCUUGAAUUCAUCAAGUCGAGCCAAAAAUCUUACAGAGGCUAUAUUCAGCACCUAUCGUCCCACUUUGGAGGUAUUUCGGAGUUGGAGCAAGUCGCAAGGAAAUUCAACUUUGAAAAUCUUUCGGUCGACUCUCCCGUCAAGCUAGAUCCCGGUCUUCGCCAACGUAUAUUACUCUCCUGUCAUGCAACUCUGAUCCGUUUAGGUGACCUUUCGCGCUAUCGCGAGACGGAAAUUAUCACGGGAAAAGCCCGUAAUUGGGGGCCCGCAAUCGGUUAUUAUGACCUCGCAGGUAUCAUUCAUCCAGCUUCUGGAGCUUCGCACAACCAGUUAGCUGUUAUCGCGUUGGCAGAUGGCAACCAUCUACGCGCGACUUAUCAUUUAUAUCGAGCGCUUUCUGCACAGGAGCCUCACCCAACAUCAAAAGGCAAUCUGGAAAUUGAAUUAAGGAAGAUUCUAAGUGCCUGGGCCAAGAGAGAAUUGAUUCCCAAGGAGGAUGCAGGUAUUCCGGGCAAGGCGUUGACUCCGUGGUUUGUUUAUCUUCACGCCCAGUGCUACAAGGGUCUCGAUUUUGCCGAACAUGACGAGCUUGAAAAUGAAGUUCUCAGCCAAUUGGCCGUGGAUCUAAAGGAGAGAUCCCUUGAGGGGACUCUUCAGAAAUUUGUCCUGAUAAAUAUCGCCGCGGAAGACUUUGCCAAGAUUAGAUCCAGUAACGGCGAGUUAACUCACAACGCCGCACUUUUCUUCCAGAGGAUCAAUGUGAAAACCUUCUUCACGCUUCUUCAGAUCCUAUUGGGUGAACUGGAACGCUUUGCAACUGAAGAUUCGGAGAGCAAAGAAGAAUGCAGCACAGGCUCUGAUAAAGUCACCGUUGUCGCGCGGCGAGUCUUGCCUGCUCUCCGAAACUACAGCUCGUGGUUACUUGCCAAUUGCAGUUCACUUGCAGCUCAAAUACAAGACAAGGACACGGUUCUCUCGGUGCAGAUCAAAGAGUUCUGGAAAAUAUAUGCAAAUACAUUAUCUUUAUUAGCGUCUACAUUUGACGUGACAGCCCUACCUGAGGUGGAGUAUCUUCUGGAGGAAGACGAAGAGGUUCUCGGCUUCAACCCGCUCAUGAACGAUGCAACCAGUCGUCGUUAUCACCUCGAGUCUGCUGCAACAACAAAACCAAGGACGAUCAAUCCUGGUGUUGAAAGGAAUCACCCCAACCUCGAAAUGCUUUAUCGAAUCCGCGAGUUCGUUAUUGACGGUUUAGACCUUGUCGUUGGUAAUCGAAUUCCUAUUGCACUAAUUGACGAGAACGAACGGAAGAUGUUCGUGUACAAAGAAGAAGGGCUCCCGUCUCAAUUUUAUUCAAGCCCGCAGGGUCACCAGCCUACAAUGUCUGCAGCCAGCAUUCAAAGAGAGGAAAUAACUGGCGCUCCGGCAACUGAAAAAAGUACAACAGAGACUCGGAGCGCAUUUGGCGGGUCGCAGUCGGCAUCUGUAUCAAUGUCUGCAAACUUCAAUCGUAUAGCUGAAAGUGUUGAAAGACUGGUGGAGUCGGACACUUACGAAGCGCCUCCUGCUGUCUCGCGACUGCCAGAAUUCCUGCAGUCAUCCCAAGGUCUUCUCCCCAGAUCAAGUGGCAUCAGCCCGCAGCAUACGAUCCCUGAGAAUCGACCAAUCCAGACACACAUGGCACCACCUGGUCUCGGAUUGCGGCCCCAGUCAUAUUCUCCCUUUUUUACGGGUUCAAGCAUCUGGAGCCCCGGGUUUCUCGAAGAAAACAACACCCAGCAACAACAGCCAAGCGCGAGUUAUAUUGCUCUCCGGAAUGACCUUGCACAGAGACAACAGGAUCUCCAAGACCAAUCGUCCCAGCUUCCAUCCAGCUGGAACAUGUCCAUUCCAAGCUCCCUGCCGAGCCGGAACAACCGGGCCAGCUACUACGAUUUUCCGCAUCAGCAGCAGCAGCAAGGCUUUGAAUACCCUUCAUCGCAUAACUAUGGAUUUAUUGCUUCCAGCAACAACAGUGUGCCACCGGGAUUCACUCCGUUUUCCACGCCUAGCGAGCACAAGACGAGCCAGGAAUCUGUUGCCGCACGCUUUGGUGCCAUGGAGAACCAUACUCCUCCUUGUGGACAAGCAGGUUGA